CAUUGACGUAUAGAUGGAGCUGAAGAAAGAGGGGGAAAAGGAAGGCGAGAAAGAAGAGAGGGUAAUUGCCUUCGCCAGCAAGAGCUACACCGCGACGGAGGCCAGUUAUAGUUCGUACGAAGGUGAAGCACUGGCGGCAGUAUGGGCAGUGCAGCAUUUCCGCAUGCAAGGAUUACGCUUCACACUCGUAACAGACCACCGGCCCCUGACGUGGCUGAUGAGGAACCAGACUCUGACCGGACGAAACGUGCGGUGGGCGAUGAGGUUACAGGAAUACGAGUCCGACAUAAAGCAUCGGCUAGGGAAGACCCUGCAGCACGUGGAUGGCUUAUCGAGGAACUCACCACGGAGAGCCACUGCGGGCUAAGGAAAUAGAGAGGUAGGGCACAG